AUGAGCAUCGAAGAAGGCCCGAAAAUCAUACAGAUGUCGCUUCGGCACACGCCAGCUCAGAAACGGCGCGAGCAAGCUUCUCUUUCCGAUCUACCUUCUGACGCCUUGCAACCGAGCAAAGGUACGACCUGGGGGCGAUCUGGCAGCAACCGGCCAUGGCUGCGAUCUUUCCUAUCAGCAACGCCACUUUUGCUCGCUCCACUGGCAGCAGUGUCGUUUGAGAUUGCUCUUCACCACUUCAAUGGGUCGCUGGCGAUGGUCCUGACGGCGUACCUAGAGCAAGGGAUUCUGCCUGUCUUGUAUACAUACGGACCACGAUGGGAUUUGAAAGCUCUAAUGGCCUACACCUGCUGGAUUGCGCUUCAAGCAGUGCUGUAUGUUGGCCUGCCGGGACCGACUCAACAAGGUCAACAGACUCCUGCAGGACAUCUUCUCAGCUACCGAGUAAACGGGCUUCGUGCUUGGAUUCUCACCUACUCUUUGCUUGCCGUGCUAUCGGUAGCAGGAGUAAUUGAUAUAGCGGCUGUGGCGGAAGAUUGGACUGGGUGGUUCUUUGCGAUGAAUCUUUUUGGAUUUCUUGCAUCAGCGAUCGCUUUUGUGAAAGCUUAUUUGGCGCCGACUCAUCCCGAUGAUCGCAAGUUUACAGCCGUCACUGCCUAUGACUUUUACAUGGGAAUUGAGCUGAACCCAAGGCUCGGCGAGCACUUCGACCUGAAGCUCUUCACCAACGGACGAGCAGGCAUGAUGACUUGGACUCUGAUAGAUAUUUCCAACCUUGCUUUACAGUAUCGCAAUGGGACGCUAUCAACAAGCCUGGUCCUGGUCACGAUUCUACAUAGCAUCUAUGUUCUUGACUUCUUUGCCAACGAAUCUUGGUACCUCCGGACGAUAGACAUCGCACAUGAUCAUUAUGGUUUUUACUUGGCCUGGGGAUGUUUUACGUGGCUUCCGACCAUGUAUACUCUUCAGGCCCAGUAUCUUGGGCGGUAUCCGACGAGUCCCUCGUCAGCCUACUUGGCCGUCACCUUCUCAAUCGGUCUUUUGGGAUACUACAUUUUCCGGCGCGUCAACGCUCAGAAGGAUUUAUGUCGAAGAACCAAUGGAGACUGUAUGAUUUGGGGAGAGCCCGCUCGGUUCAUCGUGGCGCCGUACAGGACUUCGGAUGGGACGCUGCACAAAAGUCUCCUCCUCUGCAGCGGCUGGUGGGGUUUGUCGCGCCACGCGAAUUACACUGGAGAUCUUUUGCUGAGUUUCUCCAUGUGCGCUGUGGUCGGUAAGACCACGCUGCUGGUGUGGUUUUAUGCCAUCUUCAUGACCGGAUUGCUGCUCCACAGAUGUCUGAGAGACGAGGAACGAUGUCAGGCAAAAUAUGGGUCAUCUUGGAAAGAAUACUGCCAGAGAGUCCCAUGGCGGCUGAUUCCGGGUAUAUGGUAA